GCCCCGCCCGCCACCGCCGUCGCCAUGUUGUGGCUCCCGCAGCCGGCGCUGGGGACGCGCGCGGCCGAGCCCGGGGCCUGCAGCCGCCGCCGCCGCCAGCCAGUCCAGCAGCAGUCUGCAGACGGGCACUGGGAAGCCACUGGACCACAUCCUUUCUGAGGUCCCCUUCAGCUCUAACAUCCUCCCUCGCCGGCAUCCAGCCAUGGGGGACAUGAAGACUCCAGAUUUUGAUGACCUUCUGGCUGCCUUUGACAUCCCAGACCCCACCAGCCUUGAUGCCAAGGAGGCCAUCCAGACCCCCAGUGAGGAGAAUGAGAGCCCUCUCAAGCCUCCAGUCAUGUGUGUGGAAGAGAACGUGUCCUUGUCUCACUCAGCAUCAGCCUCAGAUGCCCCGGCCGUGAGUGUCAUUGUCAAGAACACCAGCCGCCAGGAGUCGUUUGAAACGGAGAAAGACCACAUUGCUCCUAGCCUCCUACACAAUGGAUUCCGGGGCUCAGACCUGCCCCCAGAUCCUCACAACCUGGCCCACGACUGUGGGAAGUUCGAUUCCACUUUCAUGAAUGGAGACAGUGCCAGGAAUUUCCCUGGCAAGCUGGAACCUUCCAAAUCAGAGCCAUUGCCAACCUUUAACCAGUUCAGUCCAAUCUCCAGCCCAGAGUCUGAGGAUGCCAUCAAAGAUAAUGGGUUUGGGAUGAAGCCCAAGCACUCUGAUAGUUAUUUUCCACCGCCUCCCGGGUGUGGGCCUGUGGGGGGCCCAGUCCUGGAGGCUCUGGCUAAGUUUCCAGUCCCAGAGCUACACAUGUUUGAUCACUUUUGUAAGAAAGAACCUAAGCUAGAACCCGUGUCCCUGGGGAGUCCGCAGGAGCGCGAACGAGGUGGGAAGACAGUGGCAGAACCGCACACGGAGCUGUUCUUCGGGGAAGCUUUGGAGUUCCACAGCCACCCCAGCAACAGUGUCACAGAGCCUGCGGGGCUGGCCCUGGAGCUUGGCACCUGCUCUGCAGUCCCCCCGAGGCAGCGCCUGAAGCCAGCUCAUUCCAAGCUGUCCUCCUGUGUUGCAGCCUUGGUGGCCCUGCAAGCCAAGAGAGUGGCCAGCGUCACCAAGGAGGAUCAGUCUGGCCACACAAAGGAUUCCUCAGGGCCCGCGAAAGAGGGCUCCAAAGGCAGCCCCAAAAUGCCCAAGUCACCAAAGAGUCCCCGGAGCCCCCUGGAGGCUGCUAGGAGAAGCACGAAGGCCCCGGACAGCCCUCGGAGCCUGUGCAGCGACUGCAGCGGCAAAGGCUCGCCCUCUGUGGCAGCCAGCUCCCCGCCAGCCAUCCCCAAAGUCAGAAUCAAAACCAUCAAGACGUCGUCGGGGGAGAUCAAACGGACCGUCACGAGGAUCCUGCCGGACCCUGACGAUCCCAGUAAGUCCCCUGUCGGGUCGCCCCUGGGGAGUGCUGUCGCCGAGGCCCCGGAGGCGCUGGAGGACGAGAUCCCUGCCCUGCCUGCGGUGGAGCGCUUCCCCGAGGUGGGCACAGGUUCAGGGAGCCCGCAGGACGACAGGAAAGGGGCCGAGAGCUUGACGAAGGCCGGCAGAUCUCCGUCGCCCAGCGGCGGUUCUGGGUCCCGCGCCCCCAAGGGGGCUGCCCUCGGCUCACAGCCGGGCAGGAAGCAGCAGCCCAGCAGAGCGCCACAGGCGUCCGCCCUGGCCCCUGCCAGCCUCCUGCCCAAAGCCGUGCACCUGGCCAACCUGAACCUGGUCCCCCACAGCGUCGCCGCGUCGGUGACAGCCAAGUCCUCGGCGCAGAGGCGUGGCCAGCCGCAGCUCACACAGAUGUCCGUGCCUCUGGUUCACCAGGUGAAGAAGGCCGCCCCGCUGGUGGUGGAGGUCUUCCACAAGGUCCUCCACAGCUCCAACCCCGUGCCCCUCUACGCGCCAAACCUCAGCCCGCCUGCGGACAGCAGGAUCCACGUGCCGGCCAGUGGGUACUGCUGCCUGGAGUGUGGGGACGCGUUUGCCUUAGAGAAGAGCCUGAGCCAGCACUAUGGCCGGCGCAGCGUCCACAUCGAGGUGCUGUGCUCGCUCUGCUCCCAGACGCUGCUCUUCUUCAACAAGUGCAGCCUGCUGCGGCACGCCCGCGCCCACAAGAGCAAGGGGCUCGCCAUGCAGUGCUCCCAGCUGCUGGUCAAGCCCAUCUCUGUGGACCAGAUGUUCGUGUCGGCCCCUGCCAGCUCCACGGCCCCAGCAGCUCCUGCGCCCCACCUUUCCCCCAAACACAGCGUCGUGCCAGCCAGUGCCAGCCCAACCCUUCCUGCCUUGCCGCUCUACCCAGACCCUGUGAGGCUCAUCCGGCAUGGAAUCAAGUGUCUCGAGUGUCACAAGCAGAUAAGGGAUUACGUGGCCAUGGCCGCACAUUACCAGAGGACGGCAGAGGAGGCCGAGGGGCUGACAUGCCAGGUGUGCCAGAUGCUGCUGCCCAACCAGUGUAGCUUCUGUGCCCACCAGCGGAUCCACGCUCACAAGUCCCCCUACUGCUGCCCGGAGUGUGGAGCCCUCUGUCGCUCUGCCUACUUCCAGACUCAUGUAAAGGAGAAUUGCCUGCACUAUGCCCGCAAGGUGGGCUACAGAUGCAUCCACUGUGGGGUCGUCCACCUGACCUUGGCCUUGUUGAAAAGCCACAUCCAGGAGCGACACUGCCAGGUUUUCCACAAAUGUGCUUUCUGCCCCAUGGCCUUCAAGACUGCCAGCAGCACCGCGGACCACAGCACCACCCAGCACCCUGCCCAGCCCCACAGACCCUCCCAGCUCAUUUAUAAGUGCUCAUGUGAAAUGGUGUUCAACAAGAAGAGGCACAUUCAGCAGCAUUUUUACCAGAAUUCCAGCAAGACCCAGGUGGGCGUCUUCAAGUGCCCGGAGUGCCCACUCUUGUUCCUGCAGAAGCCAGAACUGAUGCAGCACGUCAAGAGCACCCACGGUGUUCCCCGAAAUGUGGACGAGCUGUCCAGCCUCCAGUCCUCAGCAGACGCCUCCUCAGGCCGUCCUGGCGCUCGAGUCCCCACUGAGCCCCCAGCCACUAGCAUGGCUGCUCGGGGCAGCUCCCUACCCUCCAGCCGCUGGAGCAGGCCUGAGGCCCAUCGCAGGGCUGAGGCCAGGCCCCGGCUGAGGAACACUGGCUGGACCUGCCAGGAGUGCCAGGAGUGGGUUCCUGAUCGGGAGAACUAUGUGUCGCACAUGAAAAAAAGCCACGGUAGGACGCUGAAGCGGUACCCGUGCCGGCAGUGCGAGCAGUCCUUCCACACCCCCAACAGCCUGCGCAAACACAUCCGUAACAACCACGACACAGUGAAGAAAGUCUACACUUGCGGAUAUUGCACAGAGGACAGCCCCAGCUUUCCUCGGCCCUCCCUCCUGGAGAGCCACAUCAGCCUUAUGCACGGCAUCAGAAACCCUGACUUGAGCCAGACAUCCAAAGGCAGACCCCCGGGUGGACGUUCCCCUCAGGUGAACCAUCUGAAAAGACCAGUCAGCGGAGCGGGGGACGCUCCGGGCACCAGCAAUGGCGCGACUGUCUCUUCCACCAAAAGGCACAGGUCCCUUUUCCAGUGUGCGAAAUGUAGCUUUGCCACAGACUCAGGGCUCGAGUUUCAGAGCCACAUACCUCAGCACCAGGCGGACAGCUCCACAGCCCAGUGUCUCCUCUGUGGCCUGUGCUACACCUCUGCCGGCUCCCUCAGUCGCCACCUCUUCAUCGUCCACAAGGUGAGAGACCAGGACGAGGAGGCGGCGGCAGUGGAGGCGACAGAGCCGGAGGAGGGCUCCGGGGAGGAGGUGUCCUUGGAGGCCAGGGAGAAUGGACUUGAAGACGGUGCCGGCGAGCCUUUGCUGGUCAGCCUGGAGGCGAGGAGAUCGCUGGGCCCGGCCUCACGGGAGGAGAGGGCCCAGGAUCCCCAGAGUCACCCGCAGGCCUCUCAGGACCAGGACAGCCGUGCACUGUCCCCUCAGGUGUGACUGACUGGAGGCUCCACAGUGUGUGCGGUCGCCACCGGGUGUCCUCCACCUGCCGUGUGGACCGUGGGAAGUGAAAAGCUCUGCCCCAGGGGAGCGUGGCGGCUGUGCCCUGGAGCGGUGUCUGCUGAGCCCAGGACGCGCGGGGGCCCCGGGACCCCUGCAGCGCUGAACCUGCUUCUGUUAUUUAUGAUUCGUGCUGCUUCUUGGUGCCCCAACUCGCGUCUGUGCCCUCCUAGCCCAGGGCUGUCCAUGGGGCUUGAAACUCCGCCAGGCCUGCUCUUCUGGGAGGUCCCUCCUGCUGCCUGCAGCCUGGGGUGCCUCAGAGCUCUGGGCCUGCCAGCAGCCCUGCGCCCUGCCACGCGGGCCCGAGGAGGGGCCUGAGGCGCCGGUGCCGCCCCCGGUGAGCGCUCUGCCUGGCGUGGCUCCCCUGGCCUUUCCUUCCUGUCUCCUCUGAUUCUUUUCCCUAAAAAAGAGUCCUGGAGAAUUAAUUCUCACACCGGCUCACCCAGGCUGUGGGCGGAGACACUUCGGCAGCACCCGCCGUCUGGGUGAGCAGGAGAGGCGGGCAGGUGCCUGGAGGCAGACCCUUCAGAAGGAGCUGUGAGCCCCGCGCUGCUGCUCUGCCUCUCCUGACAGGUGGGGCUUGGGGUGCACAGACAUGGGAAGAUUUGUAUUCUUGCUCCUGUGCCAUUAGAGAGGCUGCUGCCCCAUGCAGGCCAGCCCCUCCUCCUCGGCUAUACUAAUGUUGCUCAGACUAUAUUUCAAAUAAAAAAUCUUCUUACCACGCA